AUGACCAGAGACACCACACCUCCUCAAGAGACCGCUUCCACCACUGCUACUGCCAUCCACGAACCUCCAUCGCUCCCCGCUUCACCCCUUCCCAAACGAACAAAGACUGCUACAGCAGAAAAUAAUAGCAUUGCAGCCAUCAUGGGUUCUACCGACGGAAACGGUGUUGCAGUCACCUCCCUCUCCCAGCCUCAACCUCCUCUUCUGGUGAAGAAAUUGGUCGAAUCAGCCAAGGCUCCUACUCGUGGCUCCGCUUUCGCUGCAGGAUAUGACCUCUACAGCGCAAAGGAGACUGUCAUUCCCGCAAAGGGAAAGGGAAUGGUUGAUACUGGAUUGGCUAUUGCGGUUCCUGAGGGCACAUACGGCCGUGUUGCACCACGCAGUGGACUCGCCUCUAAGAACUUUAUCGACACAGGUGCUGGCGUCAUCGAUGCGGAUUACCGAGGCGAAGUCAAAGUGUUGCUCUUCAACUUUUCAGAUGUUGACUUCACCGUGAAGGAAGGAGAUAGAAUUGCUCAGCUUGUUUUGGAGAGAAUAUAUACCCCCGAUGUCGUUGUUGUCGAGCAAUUGGAAGAGAGCGUCCGCGGCGCAGGAGGCUUCGGCAGCACCGGCAAAUAG